GUAUACAAACAAAAUAGAAAACCUAAUCGAAUAAUCACCGGAUCGUGCCACUCGAUAAGGGGGUGUAGCCGUUGUAUGGAAUCAGCUAACUGAUUUUGCAUUCUCUCUUAUCUACCCGUCACUAACGACGAAAACAUCUCAGCAUGAGUUGUGCUAGUGUUUUGACCAGCAAAGACCUUCCGGACAUUGAGAGCCUGCUGGCACUCAAUCCGCGCGUCAAGACCCACGGCUCACUGGUGCCGACCACCGUAACCAAGGUGACCAAGAAACACUGGAAGCGUAACACGGAUCGGUCCUGCACGAGCUGCACCCCGCUGACCAAUGACUUCUCGGACAUCAAGCACACGACCCUAUCGGAGCGGGCCGCCCUCCGUGAAGCCGCCCGUUGUCUCAAGUGUGCGGAUGCUCCGUGCCAAAAGUCGUGCCCGACUCAGCUGGACAUCAAGAGCUUCAUUACCAGCAUCUCCAACAAGAACUACUACGGUGCUGCGAAGGCCAUCUUCUCCGACAACCCGCUGGGACUAACCUGCGGUAUGGUUUGCCCGACUUCGGACCUCUGCGUUGGAGGCUGCAAUCUACAAGCGGCCGAAGAGGGUGCUAUCAACAUCGGAGGACUGCAACAGUAUGCCACCGAGGUGUUCAAGCGCAUGGGACUGCACCAGAUCGUACCGCCGAAUGUGGCUCCGCUCAAGUUCCCGAACAAGAAGGUUGCUCUCCUUGGAGGUGGUCCUGCUUCGCUCUCCUGUGCCACCUUCCUUGGCCGUCUUGGUUACAAGGACAUCACAAUCUACGAAAGACGCACCUAUCUGGGAGGUCUGAGCUCAUCGGAGAUCCCCCAAUACCGCCUUCCCAUCGACGUCGUAGACUUCGAAAUUCAACUGGUUAAGGACCUCGGUGUUAAGAUCGAAACCGGACGCUCCCUCUCGACCAAGGACCUAACCAUCGAAGGGCUCCUCAAGUCCGGCAACGAUGCUGUAUUCCUCGGAAUUGGUCUUCCACAACCCAAGAUCGACAAGAUUUUCGAGGGCCUUUCCCAUGAGCAAGGCUUCUACACGUCCAAGGACUUCCUCCCGUUGGUUUCCGACGGUAGCAAACCGGGUCUCUGUGCAUGCAAGUCCGCAGCCACCCAGCGUCUGCCGUCUCUCAGCGGCAACGUGAUCGUUCUCGGAGCUGGUGACACUGCUUUCGACUGUGCCACCUCGGCACUGCGCUGCGGUGCCCGUCGCGUGUUUGUCUGCUUCCGCAAAGGUAACAACAGCAUCCGUGCCGUGCCGGAGGAAGUCGAACUGGCUCGCGAAGAACGAUGCGAGUUCAUUCCAUUCAUGGCCCCAAAGGAGGUGGUCCUGAAGGAUGGAAAAAUCGCUGCCAUAGAAUUCUUCCGCACCGAACAGGAUGACCAGGGACACUGGAUUCAGGAUCCGGACCAAAUCACCCGGUUGAAGGCCAACUUUGUCAUAUCCGCGUUUGGCUCUGGUUUGAGCGAUAAAGACAUCAUCGAUGCCUUGAGCCCGGUCCCUCUGAACCGCUGGAAUCUGCCCCAGGUGAACCCCAAGACGCAACAAACCCAGCUAUCAUCCGUUUUCUGCGGCGGAGAUCUCGCAGGUGCUGCUGAAACCACCGUUGAAUCCGUCAACGAUGGCAAAACUGCUGCCUGGUAUCUUCACUGCUACCUUCAGGGUCUCUCGUUCGACACAACCCCGCAACUUCCACUGUUCUACACCGAAAUCGACGGUGUAGACCUUUCGGUUGAAGUUUGCGGUGUCAAGUUCGAAAAUCCCUUUGGACUGGCAUCGGCUCCUCCGACCACGGCUACCGCUAUGAUCCGCCGUGCGUUCGAGCAAGGCUGGGGCUUUGCCGUCACCAAAACUUUCGCCCUCGAUAAGGACAUGGUAACCAACGUGAGUCCACGAAUUGUGCGGGGUGUUACCUCCGGACACACCUUCGGUCCGCAGCAAGGUGCCUUUUUGAAUAUCGAAUUGAUUUCGGAAAAGUGUGCCGAUUACUGGUUGACUGGUGUCCAGGAACUGAAGCGUGACUUCCCGACUAAGGUGGUCAUCGCCAGUAUUAUGUGCACCUACAAUGAAGAGGACUGGACCGAGCUGGCCAAGCGAGCGGAAGCUGCGGGUGCGGAUAUGCUUGAGUUGAAUCUAUCCUGCCCUCACGGUAUGGGAGAAUCCGGCAUGGGUCUGGCAUGUGGCCAGGAUCCCAAGCUGGUCUACAACAUCUCAUUGUGGGUACGGGCAGCCGUCAAGAUUCCAUUCUUCGUCAAACUAACUCCGAACAUCACCGACAUCGUGGCGAUCGCGCAAGCUGCCCAGCGAGGCAAAGCGGACGGAGUCUCCGCCAUCAAUACCGUGCAGGGAUUGAUGACCGUCAAGGCGGAUACAUCGCCGUGGCCAUCGGUUGGCGUUGACAAGAGAACCACCUACGGAGGAGUGUCCGGAAACGCAACUCGCCCGCAAGCUCUGCGAGCCAUUUCUUUGAUCGGCAACAAAAUGCCCGGAUUCCCAAUCUGUGGAAUCGGCGGUAUCGACUCGGCGGACGUUGCUUUGCAGUUCAUCCAAUGUGGAGCUCCCAUCCUACAAAUUUGCUCAUCGAUUCAAAAUCAGGACUUCACCGUAAUCGAGGAUUACAUUCUGGGAUUGAAGGCGUUGUUGUAUCUGAAGGCAAACCCUCCGCCAGAGAGUUUGCAGUGGGAUGGGCAGUCGCCACCGUUGCAGAAGCUCCAGAAGGGUAAGCCCGUGGCACCGCUGAAGGAUGACGAUGGAAAACCGUUGCUGCACUUUGGAGAGUACAAGAAGAAGCGUGAGGAGAAGCUGGCACAAAUGCGACUUGAGAAGGGCUCGCUGUGGGAUCCAUGUGCAGAGGAGCUGAAUGGAGUGAAGAAUGAUGACGUUCCGAAGAUUUCCAAUCCAGCACCGAAGAUCAAGGAAGUGCUGGGAGCGGCCCUAUCGAAAAUUGGUUCAUACAAGAGUCUGGACAACAAGAAGCAAGUGGUGGCGCUGAUCGAUGAUGACCUCUGUAUCAACUGCGGCAAGUGCUACAUGACCUGUGCCGAUUCUGGCUACCAAGCGAUCGAGUUCGACUCGGUAACGCAUCUGCCCAGCGUGACGGAUGACUGCACCGGGUGCAAUCUGUGCCUUUCGGUUUGUCCGAUUAUCGACUGUAUUAGCAUGGUACCGAAGAAGAUUCCGCACGUUAUCAAACGAGGACAUAUGAAGACCGCAGUAGCGAUCCAUGCUCUUUCGCCAUCGCAGUGAUAGAAAGUGCUAAAUGAAUCACACUCAUUCGGCGGCUAUAUUCCAAGGACAUACACAGGAAACUAUCGGUGAUAUGAAUCUUUUCUGUCCGAGUACAGGUUUAUAAAGUGCAAAUAAUGAGUUUGGUUUAAACCAUAUAUAAUCAAAUAAAUAGCAUACCAUA